CUGCACAUUCAAGUUUCGAGCUCGAAUCCGACCUUCAAAUGCCUCUUCGAACGACAUGUCGAACUCGGCCGGACCGGACUAUUGGAAGCAAGAAGUGGACCCUAACCCCCGCGACCGCGCCAACGGGCCGUUGAAGGGCCCCUUUUCGGCCUCGCCGCGCUUUUCGCGUUUUCGCCCCCCUCCAACGGCGUCGAUCGCCGCGCCAAUGGAUGAAAUCGGCUCGCCGCCUUCUCGCCUGCCAGGCCUCCCAAGGUCGGCGUCCGCCGAGAAGGAGACGAGGGAGGAACGGCCGAUCGCAGACGACGGCUCCGACGUCGAGCUUGCCGCCUGCCUAAGGGUCCAGUUUCCGCGUCCAGCGUCGCCCAACCCUAAAACCAGGCCAUACCCUAACCCUGACAGGCGUUUGGAUCGGCGAAAUAGACGUGUUCUGGCGCAUGCGUCUGCACCCCGUGCGGUGAGGAGGGAAGGGUUAUCGGCUGCAACCAGGAGCGCGCUCGCUCAUGUCGGGGACCCUUUCCUCUCCCAACAUGAACGAUCCUCCUUCCUGUCUCGGACAUGGCUGCCUUUUCUUCCGCAAGCUGGCUGCGCCCAUAGAGAAGAGCGUGGCUGCAUUGGGAGCGUGCCCUUUGGAACGGUUCAGAUUGCCAUAAGCGCAUAA